UGUUUGGAAUAAGAACUUCUGCUUCAAAUAUCCGGGCGUUAAAGUUUUACAGGUCGCCAAACUCUGGAAGGGGAAGAGGGUCCGCUCUUAAGUCCCAUCCUGCGAGGAUCCCACGCUAGGCUGGGGGCUGAGCAGAUCCCGGGGUGCCCUUGUGGUAGCUGGUGCGGCCUCCGCAAAGAGCCCGGUAGGGACCGAGGAGACCCCACGGCCCGCAGGGCCCCUCGGCCUCAGGGACUGGCCCAGCGCUGCGGAGAGGUGGGAGGCUGGAGCCUGCUGAGGUCAUUUCCUGUGCCUCUCCGCGAGCCGCCCGACAGCGCAGCCUGGCGCUCUGCCUUUAAGGAGCGGGCGGGGAGCGGGAGGGGCGAAGGGAACGCGGCGGAGCGUUGAAUGGGGCGCAGCCAGGCGAGGCUCGCCUUUGUGCGGCCAGCCUGAGGGCACCCCUCCCGGCCCCAACCUCUCCCCGCCCCGCCCACCCCGACCCCUGCUGCCCGGGAGCGGAGACCCGGCGGCCGCUGCGGACUCGGACGAGAACGACACACAAGGUCAGCGGCGGACGGGCGCGGAGGACGCCAGGGUGCGGAGUGCACGGCGGGGUGUCCAGGGAGCUCGUUGGAGCUGUAGUAGAAUCAGAACUAAACUGGAAACCAGGAUUCUGCUCCAGUGAUCUGUAAGUUGAUUCCAUCAUGGCGGAACUCAAGGUGGAGACCCGGACCAGUAUGGACUGGCAGAAGCGCUGCCUGGCCCUAGAAACCCAACUUUUCCGGUUCCGCCUACAGGCCAGCAAGAUAAGGGAGCUGCUGGCGGACAAGAUGCAGGAGCUGGAGCAGAGGCUGCUGGAGGCAGAACAGAGAGCAGAGAACGCGGAGACCCAGGUGGGUGUGAUGGAAGAGAAGGUGAAACUGUCCAAUCUGAAGAAUGUGGACUCAGCAGGCAGCCUGCAUCGGAAGUACCAAGACUUGCUGAAAGCCACGCAGGACAAAGAUGAGCUCAUUGGCCAGCUGGAGGCACAGCUGGAGAAGCAGAAGCAGAUGAGAGCUGAGGAAGCUAAAAUCGUUCAAGAAAAAGCUGCAAAGAUCAAGGAAUGGGUGACACUCAAGUUAGCAGAGCUUGAGUUGGAGAAUCAGCACCUGAGAAGCUAUAAUCAGUGCCUAGUGGAACAGGUGGGAGCUCUUCAAGACGCUCUAGAAGCUCUUCAGAUGGCGCCUUCAGGGAAGCUGCUGGUGGCCCCCCAGGAAACCCCAGAGCAGGAUUCUGUCCAUUCAGGGCCAGGAGCCCAGCCAGUGGGGCAGGACAGUGGUCCUCAGGCCCACUGUGCCCUGAAGGUCGUUCUGCCUGUACCUUCUCCAGGUUCUCUGUGGAAUAAGGACUCUGCCCCUAAAGUAGGAAGCCACUUGGAAAAGUGCAGUUCCAUGAUGGUGCAUCCUGGGGAAAUAUCGGGGGCCAGGACCCUUCCAACUCGUCUGGGAAGAGAAGGCUCUCCUGGCCAGCAGUGUGGGAAGACUCACACCCCCAGACGUGGUUUGGCUUCCUGGGAUGAGAGCCUGGUCGCUGCUCAGGGAGGCAUACUCCCUGGGACAAAGACCCCGGCCAGGGAAGGUGGCGCGGGCUGCAGCCUGACCCUACCGAACGUGCGGACUCCCAGCACCCCACGGGACAGUGUCCAACUGGCCAAGCGGCACCACAGCCAGCCCCAUGUGGGCCCUGGGCACUUCAGCCACGUGGUAAGCAUUGAGAUUGGGACCCUCCCAGCCCUCCAGCCCUCUGACCUUCCCAAGGUGAAGGCCCGAGUUGAACUCCGGGAGGAACCAGAGAAAAUGGAAAUGGAAGAGCAACCCCCUGCGGGGAGGAAGGAGGAAAGAAAGAACCCAAAAGGGCCUGGAGCUGAGCUGGAGGAAGUGGAAUUGGGGAGCAAACCACCCACACCCCCCCUGCACCGGUUUCCAUCCUGGGAGAGCCGGAUCUAUGCUGUAGCCACGUCAGGCAUGCAUCUCUCGGAUGUGUCUCCCAGAAGUAAUACCACGUGGUGUGGUUCAAGGCCUCCUGCCCUUGCAUCCCCUGGGCCUUUCUCUGGCCUCGUCUACAAGAAUGGCACCGCGCCUGUCUACACAGCCCUGAAGGGGAGAGCCACACAGAUCAGCACCGUGCCCUUUGUGGACGAGUCCUCUGGGUCCGACGACGACUGUAGCUCUCAGGCAAGUUUCCGAACUUCAGUCCCCUGCUCUGAGUCCAGGAAGACCAGCGGACUGGGCAGCCCCCGGGCCAUCAAGAGAGGUGUCUCCAUGUCCUCGCUAAGCUCUGAGGGCGACUAUGCCAUCCCUCCGGACGCCUGCUCCCUGGACAGUGACUACUCAGAGCCUGAGCACAAACUACAGCGCACCUCGUCCUACUCCAUAGACGGGCUGGGCCUUGGCGGGGAGUCACUGGAGAAGUCGGGGUACCUGCUGAAAAUGGGGAGCCGGGUAAAGACAUGGAAGAGGCGCUGGUUUGUCCUGAGACAGGGACAGAUUCUGUACUACAAGUCCCCGAGUGAUGUCAUCCGGAAACCUCAAGGUCAAGUGGAACUGAACUCCCGUUGCCAAAUUGUUCGAGGAGAGGGUGCACAGACAUUCCAGCUCAUCUCUGAGAAGAAAACCUAUUACCUGACGGCUGACUCACCCAGCCUGCUGGAGGAGUGGAUCCGAAUACUACAGAGCCUGCUGAAGGUCCAGGCCAUUGGGCCUCCAGCCCUGCCUCAGGGUGGCACCAAGCCCACCGUGAAGGGCUGGCUGACCAAGGUAAAGCACGGUCACUCCAAGCUGGUCUGGUGUGCUCUCGUUGGCAGAACCUUCUACUACUAUCGGAGCCAUGAGGACAAGCGACCCCUGGGCCACCUGCCUGUGCGGGAUGCACGCAUAGAGGAAGUAGAUCGGUCCUGUGACUCAGACGAGGAUUAUGAGGCUGGAGGAACCCGGCAGUUGCUUUCCUCCCACUGCACCCUGGUGAUCCACCCCCCAGAGCACAGCCCCACCUACCUCCUCAUUGGCACCAAGCAUGAAAAGGAGACGUGGCUUUACCACCUCACGGUGGCUGCAGGUGGCAGCAGUGCUAAGGUGGGAACUGCCUAUGAGCAGCUCAUUGGAAAACUGAUGGAUGGUGAGGGAGACCCAGAUUCCCCGCUCUGGAAGCACCCCAUGCUGUGUUACAGCAAAGAUGGGCUGUACACCUCGCUCACCACCCUGCCCUCUGAGGCCCUGCAGACGGAGGCCCUCAAGCUCUUCAAGUCCUGCCAGCUCUUCAUCAAUGUGCCUGUGGAGGCCGCCUCGGUGGAUUACCACGUGUCCUUGGCCCAGACGGCCCUGCAGGUCUGCCUGGUCCACCCUGAGCUGCAGAGCGAGAUCUACUGCCAACUCAUGAAGCAGACCAGCUGCCGCCCACCUCAGAAGUACUCCCUCAUGCAGUGCUGGCAGCUCCUGGCUCUGUGUGCCCCACUUUUCCUGCCUCAGCACCACUUCCUCUGGUAUGUCAAACAGCAACUCCAACGCCAUGCAGAUCCCAGAAAUGAAACUGGUCAGUAUGCCACCUACUGCCAGCGGGCAGUGGAGCGGACCCUGCAGACUGGGGAGCGGGAAGCCAGGCCGUCACGCAUGGAAGUGGUGUCCAUCUUGCUGCGGAACCCCUUCCACCACUCCUUGCCCUUCAGCAUCCCCGUGCACUUCGCCAAUGGGACUUACCAGGUGGUCGGUUUUGACGGCUCCUCCACAGUUGAUGAGUUCCUCCAGCGGCUGAACCAGGAGACAGGCAUGAGGAAGUCAUCCCACUCUGGCUUUGCCCUCUUCACGGACGAUCCUUCUGGCAGGGAUCUGGAACACUGCCUUCAGGGGAGUGUCAAGGUCUGUGAUGCCAUCUCCAAGUGGGAACAGGCCCUGAAGGAGCUGCACUCUGGAAAGUCUGAGGGUGGCACACGUGUUCUGAAGCUGAUGUACAAGAACAGGCUGUACUUUCGGAGUCAAGUCAAAGGGGAGACGGAGCGAGAGCGGCUGUUGCUCGCCUUCCAAACUAGUGGAGAGAUAGUGGCAGGGAGGUUUCCUGUCAACAAGGAACUGGCUCUUGAGAUGGCUGCCCUAAUGGCCCAGGUAGAGUACGGGGACUUGGAGAGGCCCGUCCCACCAGGCCCUGGGGGUACACCCCCUUCCAAGGCUCAGCAUCACCUACAACAGGUCAUGGACAGGUUCUACCCAAGGCGCUACAGACACGGGGCACCCUCUGAGCAGCUGAGGCACCUGGCAGAUCAGCUGACCACAAAAUGGGCAGCACUGCAAGGCUGCUCCUCUCCUGAGUGCAUCCGCAUCUUCCUGACGGUGGCCCGGAAGUGGCCCUUCUUUGGUGCUAAGCUCUUUGCUGCUCAGCCUGUACAGCUGUCUUCCAAGGAGAGCACUCUGGUGUGGAUUGCUGUGAAUGAGGAUGGUGUCAGCAUCCUGGACCACACCACCAUGCAAAUGCGCGUCACUUACCCCUACUCUUCACUGAUGACCUUUGGUGGCUGCCGCGAUGACUUCAUGCUUGUGAUUAGAACCAUUCCAGACCAGAGCUCUGGAAAAGGCCACAGUGAGAAGCUGAUCUUCCGGAUGGCUGUUCCCGAGAUUGCAGAGGCUACUUUCAUCAUGGCCAGCUACAUGAACCAUUGCUCUGCAACUGUGAACCCCCCCACCAACCUGCCUGCUGCCUGCAAGCCGUGGGAACAGGAUGGACGACAGUUUUUUGCUUCUGUUCCAUGUGCCGCCAAGGGGCCAACGUUGCUGUGACUAUUUCUCCUCCCCCGCCCUUUCCCGCCACCACCUGGUGCCUCUGGGAUUGCAGAUACGUAUCCUGGGGCGCCAUACUACUGUGAUGGGUCUAACAGCCCUCCGCCAGCCUGCACCCGGUUUGUUCUGUGAAAUGUGUAUUUCAGUAUCCACGGAAGUUUUACUUUCUAGGUGCCUUAUAAUGUUUCAGGGCCCAACUUUUAAAAAUCCAGACCCAAUUUAAAAACCACUUUUUUAUUUUUAUUUUUUUUACAAGAACACUGAGCUCUGGAUGCUGCCUGCUUCCAGAUCGAUGAUAGGGAUGGAUGUCUACUGUUACUGGUACUGAGGGCGUCAGGGCUUUCCCCACUGAUACUCUCAGGGACGCUAAUAGUUUUUGUAUUGUAUACCGUCCUUAUGUGGGGAUUUAUACUUGAAGUUUUCCCAACAUUCCUGCAUAGGAUAGGACUAAAAUGUCCAAUUCACCUGAACUCUGACAAAAGCCUAGAACUCACUAAAACUAGACGUCCUUUCCCAGAUGGGAAAGGUGUUGACAGGGCUAGAGAAAAAGGUAGACUCAUCUUUCCCCUUCCCCUACUGCAAAAGAGGCAUUUGCAGUGCCC